AUGAGUUGCAGCAAAAAAAGAAACAACGAAUUGUUAUUUCCCGUAGCAAAAUUACAAAAACAUUUUCCCUUAAUUGAGUGGUGGCAAGGCAAAGAAAUUUUAUAUAAAAUUCAAAAAAAAAAUCAAAGGACUUUUGAAAAAAACCCAUGUGAUAGUUUAUGGGGUAAGUUCAUUAACUGCUUGAGAAAAUAUCCUCAUACUAUUUCCAAGUGCAAAAUCGAAGGCACAAGGUACUUGCAAUGUUUGUCAUCAAUAAAUCAGAAGGAAGAUAUAAGCAAACCACGGAAUUACAUAAAAGUUUUAGAGUAUUUUAAAAUUUUUAAUGAGACAAGUCGAUUUAAAUACAAAAAACCAGAGUUAAAAGAUUACUCAUUUUCGCAACAAUUAUCCUUUGAAAGAAGCAAGGCCAUCAGCAAGGAUGACCACAAGGACGACAAUAAGGGCAUUUUUUAA